AUGCUGCGGGACUGGUGCAGGUGUAUGAGUGUGAAUGAGCAGCGCUCACUGCUCAUCCUGGGCAUCCCAGAUGACUGCACAGAGGAUGAAUUCCAGGAGGCCGUGCAUGCUGCCCUGUGGCCCCUGGGCAGGUACCAGGUGCUCAGCAAUGUCUUCAGAAAGGAGCUCGGGACCAGGGUCGCCUUGGUGGAGUUCACUGAGUAUUUAAACCGAAGCUUGAUCCGCCGACAAAUACCAGGCAAGGAGCGGCCCUGGGCUGUGUUCUUCCUGCCCCAGGCCCCUGAUGCUGAACUCCAGGGUAGAGCCAAUUUCCCUCCAAGGUCUCAGGAGCAAGCAGUGGCAGGAGGGGCAGGUGAGGCAGGAGGACCAGGUGAAGCAGGAGCUGUAAGUGAGGUGGGAGCUGCAGGUGAGGCAGGUGAGGCAGGAGCUGCAGAUGAGGCAGGAGCUUCAGGUGAGGCAGGAGGAGCAGGUGAGGCAGGAGCCGAUGUGGCAGGAGCUGCAGGUGAGGAAGAAGCUGCAGAUGAGGCAAGAGCUGCAGGUGAGGGAGCUGCAGGUGAGGAAGGAGCUGCAGGUGAGGCGGGAGCUGCAGAUGAGGCAAGAAUGUCAGGUGAGGAAGGAGCUGCAGAUGAGGCAAGAAUGUCAGGUGAGGAAGGAGCUGCAGGUGAGGCAGGUGAGGCGGGAGCCUUGGAUGUGGCAGGAGGGAGAGAUGAGGCAGGAGCCUGGAGCCAGCUAUGGAGGCAGGCUCUGCAGCGUGUGCUGGAAAACAUGGCCUACCAGGAGCAGACAGCAUUUUCCGGGAUGGAAGAGCCAGGCUGUGGGGAAGAGUCCUCUGAGAGCUGGCUGGACCACAUCAGGGACAUGCUGUACCUGUCCCAGCACACAUCUGAAGGGGAGAGGAGGCGGCGGCUGGUGGCGAGCUUGGGCGGCCGCGCCCUGCAGCUCGUGUGCGGCCUCCUGGAAGAACAUCCCGACAUGCCUGCGCAGGACUGCCUGGCGGCGCUCGUGCAGGUGUUCGGGAACAAGGACACCACGAUGACUGCACGGCUGAAGUUCCUGACUUGCUCUCAGCAACCCCGGGAGGCUCUCUUUGCCUAUGUGAUGCGCCUGGAAGGCCUGCUGCAGAUGGCCAUGGAGAAGGGGGCCAUCCACCCGGCCAUGGCAGACCACAUGCGAGCCCGGCAGUUGCUGCUGGGGGCCCUCCCGAACGAGACGCUCCAGGUCAAACUGAGGGGGAUGUGGCUGGAGAAGAGUCCACCCGGCUUCAUGGGGCUGCUCCGGCUCAUUCGGGAGACUGAGGCAUGGGAGGCCACCACAGCUAGGAAUGAGCAGUCCCAAGUAGGAGAAGGGGCCAAUGUGGACAGUGGACUGGCAGCUCCCCAGGCUGCUCCUGCCAAAGAAGAUGCUGCUGAGGCUACUCCUGAUACUGGUGAUGCCACAAAGGCAGCUCCUGCCAUUGAAGGGGCCACCAAGCCCUCUCCUGCCACUCAGGAAGAUAAGAGUGCUCCUGCCGCUGCAGGCCUGGCUCAGGAAGGGCCCACAGAGGGAACCAGGAGCCCCACUGCAGCCCAGAUGGGCAGUGCUUCUGGGGCCAGCCCCGGGGGUCCUGGCUGGGGGCCAGAGGGCCUUGCCCAGGCAGGAGACCAGGAGGCCGAGGAGUCCCCCCUGGAGGGGCUCAAGCCCAUCCUGGAGGAGUCGGGAAACGAGGAAGGGGCUGGGGAGACGAGCCACCCCGAGCCUUCCUCAUGCAAAUAG